AUGCGACUGAACUGUCCCCCCAUGUGGAGUGUGAUUAGCGUGUUGAUUGUUCUCGUACCCAUUUGGGAGAUGGGCUGCUCUGGCCUGACCUUGAACUCAGUGCCCCUGCAUCAGGUCAGGAUGUACCAAAGGAGCGGCGAAGGGGGGGCACACCACAGGCAGAGGCGCAGCUGGGUGUGGAACCAGUUCUUUGUGCUGGAGGAGUACAUGGGGGACGAGCCACUCUACGUGGGCAAGCUGCACUCGGACGUGGACAAGGGUGAAGGCCAGGUGAAGUACGUACUCAAUGGAGAGGGAGCUACCUCCAUCUUCACCAUCGACGAGAACACGGGUGACAUCCACGCCACCAAGCGUCUGGACCGCGAGGAGCAGGCUUACUACACGCUCCGGGCUCAGGCCAGGCACCGCCACACCAACCUGCCCGUGGAGCCAGAGUCUGAGUUCGUCAUCAAGGUCCAGGAUAUUAACGACAAUGAGCCCAAGUUCCUGGAUGGACCCUACUCAGCCAGGGUCCCCGAGAUGUCCCCAGUGGGCACAUCUGUGGUGACGGUGGUGGCGACAGAUGCGGACGACCCCACGUAUGGAAACAGUGCCAGGGUGGUGUACAGUAUCCUUGAGGGCCAGCCCUACUUCUCCGUGGAACCAAGAACAGGCGUGGUCAGGACGGCUCUGCCCAACAUGGACCGCGAGGCUCGGGAACAGUAUCUGCUCGUCAUCCAGGCCAAGGACAUGGUGGGCCAGAUGGGAGGACUCUCCGGGACCACCUCUGUCACGGUGACGCUCACUGACGUCAACGACAACCCACCACACUUCUCUCGCAAAAGUUAUCAGUUCAGUGUGGCCGAGUCCCUGCCGUUGGCCACGACGGUAGCCAAGAUAAAGGCGCUAGACUCAGAUGUGGGACCCAAUGCUGAGAUGGAGUACAGGAUCGUGGAUGGGGACGGCCUGGGACUGUUCCGAAUCACCCCCGACCCAGACACACAGGAGGGCCUCAUCACUCUGCAAAAGGGCCUGGACUUUGAGACCAAGUCGAGCUACACCCUGCGUGUCGAGGCGUCCAAUAGAAACAUCGACCUGCGAUUCCUGUCCCUGGGGCCGUUUAGCGACACAGCGACAGUGCGCCUCAACGUGCAGAACGUGGACGAGCCGCCCGUCUUCUCCUCGCCGUUCAGCAAGAUGGUAAUCUCGGAGGAGGCAACGGUAGGCACCACCAUCGGGACCAUCUUCGCACACGACCCAGACUCCACCAACAGUCCCAUCAGGUACUCUAUAGACCGCAACACCGACUUGGAGCGUUUCUUCAACAUAGACGCCACCACCGGUGUCAUCAGCACCGCCAAGCCGCUGGACAGAGAAGUUAACGCUGUACACAACAUCACCAUCUUCGCCACGGAGAUCCUGGACCCAUUGCAAGUGGGAAAGGGUGUAGUUCUGAUCACAGUGACGGACAUCAAUGACAACGCGCCUGUCUUCGCCAUCGAGUACGAGACCUACCUUUGUGAGAGUGCCAGACCUGGACAGGUCAUUGAGACCAUCAGUGCUGUUGACCGAGACCAGCCUCAGAGUGGACACCGCUUCUUCUUCUCUCUGACCGCUGACGCUGCUGGGAAUUUCAACUUCACCCUGAGAGACAACAAAGACAACACCGCUUCUGUGCUGACCAAGCGAGGGGGUUUCCAGCGCCGCCACCAGAACGUGUACCGCCUCCCCGUCCUCAUCAUGGACAAUGGGAGCCCCGCCCUCAGCAGCACCAACACCCUCUCCAUCCGGGUGUGUGACUGUGACCCUGAUGGGAUCCCCCAGUCAUGUGGGAGUGAGAACGCCAUGCUCUCAGCGGGCCUCAGCACCGGGGCCCUCAUUGCCAUCCUGGCCUGCAUCCUCACACUACUGGUGCUGGUCCUGUUGAUCAUCACCAUGCAGCGACGGAGGAAGAAGGAGCCCUUGAUCCUGGACGAGGAGCGUGACGUGCGCGAGAACAUUGUGCGCUACGACGACGAGGGCGGCGGCGAGGAGGACACCGAGGCCUUUGACAUGGUCGCUCUGCGCAACCUCAACGUAGUCCGCGAGAGCGGCAGCAAGAACCGCCGUGACGUCACCCCAGAAGUGCCCACCCUCUUCUCGUCUUCCCGGCCACCGCCGGACAAUGGCAUCUUCCGCGAGUUCAUCUGGGACCGGCUGAAGGAGGCCGACGUGGACCCGUCAGCACCGCCCUACGACUCACUGCAGACGUACGCCUUCGAGGGCAGCGGCUCAGCCGCAGAGUCCCUCAGCUCGCUGGAUUCGCUGAGCAUGGACUCAGAGCAGAACUACGACUACCUUAGCGACUGGGGGCCACGCUUCAAGAAACUGGCAGACCUCUAUGGCCACAACGACGGCGGCAACCUCUUCGUCUCUUAG